AUGGGUCCUAAAAUUCUGGAUUUUAUGAAGCAAAAGUUACCUAACUGGGAUUUUUAUACGAGUUUGGUAACAGAGGGUAGACUUUUGAUUGUUUGGAGGAAGGUUUUUGUCAAGGUUACAAUUCUUGAGGAUUCUCCUCAAUUUGUUCACUGUUUGGUUUCGAUGGUUGGUCAGAAGCACAUGUUUUAUAUCACUUUUGUCUAUGGCUUCAAUUCUUUAGAAGGUCGAAGGAGUUUGUGGGAAGGGUUACUUAGAAUUUCUCUUGCGCAUGAUGCUUGGAUUAUUUUAGGGGAUUUCAAUGCCCCUUUUUCGGUUAUGGAUAGAGCUGGUGGUAGUCCUAUUUCUGGUGUUGAAUUGGUAGAUUCAGUUCGUUGGCUUGAGGAGGCUCACAUGGUUCCCAUAAAAAGUUUAGGAUCGUUUUCCACUUGGACUAAUAAUCAAAAUGGUUCAGCUCGCAUUUAUUCUAAAAUUGAUCAUGAUUUUAUAAAUGAAAAUUGGUUUGAUCUUUUUCCUUAUGCUACUGCUGUCUUUAAAUGGGAAGUGGUAUCCGAUCAUUGCUCUUGUAUUGUCAAUAUUCAGUCUAAGGUGAGUUUGGGUACAAAGUUGUUGAGGUUUUACAAUAUUUGGACUGAUCAUCCUCAGUUCUUUGAAGUGGUGCGGUUUAGCUGGCAGUUACCUAUUCACACUACUGGUUUAAGGGCUGUGUUCUUAAAAUCCCUGAGGUUGAAACAUAGUUUAAAGAAGUUUAAUCAUAAUACCUUUGGAGAUAUUGGUUUGAGCUUUGAUAUGGCAAAAGAAAAGUACCAGGAAGCUCAGUUAAAAGCCCAAGCUUUCCCGACUGAGUAUAGUUACCAGGAAAGUGUUAAAGAAGCUGCUGAAGCUUACAUUGUUCAGGAAAAAAUGUUCUAUAGUUUUUUGUCCCAAAGAAGUCAGCUGGUGGAUAAUUUUCCUGAGGUUGUUUCUCAUUUUGUUGAGCAUUUCAGAGGUUAUUUGGGGAGUCAGAGUUCAGCUUCAAGCAACAUCAAUAUGGCUUAUAUAGACUUGGGUCCCAAGCUCUCAAUAGAUCAUCAAACUUUACUGUUAAAACCCUUUUCAUCUAAGGAAAUUCGGAGAGCUUUAUUUGGUAUUCCCUCUAACAAAUCGCCAGGUCCGGAUGGUUAUGGCUCUGGAUUUUUCAAGGCUGCCUGGCAGAUUGUUGGCAAGGAAGCUGUUACUUCCCCAAGAUGUGCUAUAAAGAUUGAUUUGAGCAAGGCUUAUGAUAAGGUAGAUUGGCAAUUCCUUGAGGAUCUCUUAAAAGCUCUCUGUUUUCCUAUGAAGUUUAUAGGAUGGAUUAUGAUGUGUUUAAGGAAUACUUCUUAUUCUUUACUCAUGAAUGGUCGUGUUCAAGGUGCUCUUGAUCCUUCUUUCAGAUUUCACCCAAUGUGCAAGAGUUUAAAGCUUAUCAAUCUUUGUUUUGCUGAUGACUUGAUCCUCUUUUGUAAGGGUACUCAUUCGGCUGUCUUUUCUCUUAAAAUCGCGCUUGAUGAUUUCAAUUCGGCUACUGGUUUGACCAUUAAUUCUGCUAAGUCUCAAAUCUUUUUUGGCGGAGUUUCUUCUACUAUGAGGAAUAUCAAUUCUCAGGAGAUGAAUCUUAUGGAAGGAUCCUUUCCGCUCAAGUACCUUGGGGUUCCUAUGAGGCCAACUAAGUGGCGUCAUGAGGACUGUGAUAUAAUUUUGCAAAAAAUCAGAUUAAGACUUAACUCUUGGUCCAGUAGACACCUCUCCUAUGCAGGCCGUAUGCAGCUUAUUCAUUCGGUUUUAUUUGGUCUCCGUAACUAUUGGAUGAGUAUCUUUAUUUUACCUCAGAGUGUUGUUAAGGAAAUUGAGAAAUUGUGCCGUAGCUUCCUUUGGGGUAGUGCUGGUUUGAGAAGUAAACCUCAUUUAGCUUCUUGGAAGAAGGUUUGCCUUCCAAAAGCGUAUGGUGGUCUUGGUUUCAGAGAUGGCGCUCUUUGGAAUAGAGCAAUUCUUGCCAAGUAUAUAUGGGUGUUAUCUGAACAGCCUGAGAUUUUAUGGGUUAAAUGGGUUAACUCUAUAUAUUUGAAAGGCUGUAAUUUCUGGUGUUACAUUUUGAAAUCUGACUGUAGCUAG